CUGGAUGAAUGUGAUCCCACGGCGAGGACCCCGUAAGGAGCCUCGCCGCGGCAUUCUGCACCCGCUGGAGUUUCUGGGUCAGCUUCAAGGGCAGCCCCACGUAGAGCGAGUUACAAUAAUUAAGCCUGGAGGUGACCAUCGCAUGAAUCACUGUGGCCUGGUCAGGGCAAUAAAGGUAAGGGACCAACACGAGGAGAGCCCCAAGUUGGCAAUGUCUGGUUUUCAACACUGCUGUCUGGGCAUGCCUGGUCCCUUAUUAUAUCACAAAGCAGAAAUCUAGCAAAUCAGCAGAAUUGUGCUCUAUUCAAGCUUUUGUAUCCCUAUUUCUGGCCUUGGGCACAUCCCAUGACCGUCCUUGCUGCAAAGUCUGCUUGCCUUGUCAUUGCCAGGCUUAUUUGAUUCAUUAGGGUUAAUAAUAAUAAUAAUAAUUGUUGUUGUUUAGUCGUUUAGUCAUGUCCGACUCUUCAUGACCCCAUGGACCAGAGCAUGCCAGGCACUCCUGUUCAUAAUAAUAAUAAUAAUAAUAAUAAUGAAUUAUUAUUUAUACCCCACCCAUCUGGCUGGGUUUCCCCAACCACUUGUGGUGGCUCCCAACAGAAUACUGGGAGUGGCUAAGGAAACCCAGCCAGAUGGGCGGGGUAUAAGCAAUAUAUUAUUAUUAUUAUUAUUAGGAUAUUGACUGGGUGGAAGGUGUGCAGAAAUCUGGAAAUCGGGCUGUAUGAGGAACAACUGAAGGAGCUGGGUGUGUUUAGCCUGGAAAAGAGGAGAGUGAUAGGGGAUAUGAUAGCUGUUUUCAAAUACAGUGGACUCUCGGGUUACGUUACCUUUGGAUAACAUAACUUUCGGGUUGCAAAUGUAGCAAACCUGGAAGUGUAUUCUUCUGGGUUUCACCGCUCACGCAUGCGCAGAAGCAGCGCUUCUGCUUAUGGAAUUUUCAGGGUGCGUACAGACCCCCGGAACCAAUUACAUUCGUAUCCAGAGGGUCCACUGAAUCUGAAAAAUAUUAUUAUUAUCAGAAGCAGUCCAACAUUUUAGGAAAUAUUUGUUUAUACUCUAAAAGGCAGCCUAGUAAUUCUGAUGAUGAGCAGAGAUUUAGGGGGCGGCGGAAUCUUUCACACUUCUGAAAACCCUACUCUAAUGCCCCCCCCCAAUGCACAUAUAGUGGUACCUCUGGUUACGAACUUAAUUCGUUCUGGAGGUCUGUUCUUAACCUGAAACUGUUCUUAACCCGAAACACCACUUUAGCUAAUGGGGCCUCCCGCUGCUGCCGCGCCACCACGGCACAAUUUCUGUUCUCAUCCUGAAGCAAAGUUCUUAACCUGAGGUACUAUUUCUGGGUUAGCGGAGUCUGUAACCUGAAGCGUCUGUAAUCUGAAGCGUCUGUAACCCGAGGUACCACUGUAGAUUCAGCCCAGGCCUACCAAAUAUGCUCUGCAUGUUAUGCAACAGCUUCCCACGAGGGGGCAUCCUAGACAUUCAUGUUCGGAUCCCAAGGAUAACUGCCUGCAAAGUUCAGGGAAUUUUUUUGCUGUCCAAGCCUCCAUCGUCUGCACAGAGGCUUCUCCUGUGUUUACCUCUCAGAAAUUUAGAGCAAAUGAAAGCAGCCAGGAGGAUAGAAUCUCCAGCAAGGUGGAACGUAAGAAGAGCAUAAGAAGAAAUUACUGGGUCAAGCUAAUGACCUAUCAAGCUCUGCUCCUCCUGCUCCGGAGGGCAGGACUCGAACCCGUGGCUCCAAGUGACAAGAAAGGAGAUUCCAACUAAAAGUUAGGAAGAACUUUCUGGUGGUAAGAGCUGUUUGACAGUGGAACGGUCUCCAUUGGGAGAUGGUGGACUCUCUCCUUCCUUGGAGCUUUUUAAGCAGAGGUUGGAUGGUCAUCUGUCAUGGAUGCGUCAGCUGAGAUUCCUGCAUUGCAGUGGGUUGGACUAGAUGACCCUUGGGAUCCCUCCCAACUCUUAAGAUUCUAUAAUUCUAAGUCCAGAAUCCUCUUCCCAAAGUGGCCAACCAGAUGCCCUCAAGGGAAACCUGCACACAGGAUUUGAGCACAACGCUCUCCCUUCCUGUGGUCAGGGCCGGAUUUAGGUUUGAUGAGGCCCUAAGAUACUGAAGGUAAUGGGGCCCUUUAUAUGUCCAGCUGUCCUUUGUCAACAACAAACUGUCCCUGUUUUUCACGUUGAAUAUAUGCUAUACUGUAAUUUAUGGACCUGAUAGGUAUCUAAAGCCAUUUGCACAUGACAAAAUAUGUAUUUUACCAAAGUAAUUGUUGAACUGAAAUAGUUAAGAAGUAUAUUAAUAGUGAAAUACAAUUAAGAAGUAUAUUGGGGGGGGGCAAGAGAGUGGGGCCCUAAGCUAUAGCUUGUUUAGCCUCUUCCUCUUCUUCUUCUUCUUCUUCUUCUUCUUCUUCUUCAUCAGCAAUCCUUCGUAGCCGAGUAAGAUUGUCUUCCAUAAACACGGUUUUAGCAAUGAGUCCGUAAGUGACUGUGGAGGCCAGUUCUGGAUCCACACAUCCUUCCACAGCGGGGACAUUGGUUUCCAGGCGGGAGUUGAUCACGGUGUGGAUUUGCCAAGUGUGCCUUCCUCUUAGCACGUUUCUCCCUUGCGUCCUGAGUUCAAGCGUCUUCAAAGCCCGUGACACCUUUGGUAAAGGCUGUUCUCCAACUGGAGCGCUCGCAGGCCAGUGUUUCCCAGUUGAUGGUGUUUAUACAACAUUUUUAAAGAUUUGCCUUGAGAGAGUCUUUAAACCUCUUUUGUUGACCACCAGCAUGACGCUUUUCAUUUUUAAGUUUGGAAUAGAGUAGUUGCUUUAUGUAAAUCCGCCACUGCCUAUGGUUUCCAUCAAUUGCAAUUCAGAAGCAUGUACGCCUCCUUCUGGCAAUUCCUUCAGACAAGCUGGUGCCAAAUGACUUGCUCUGCUUUCCGUUGGACCCCAUCAGCGAGGCCGAGAGGGGGGUCUUGUUGUCUGGGUAACCCAGGACCUCCAGACGGACGGACCAGGCUGCCUUAUCCAUCUUGCUCCAUAAUCUCUGCACCAGUGGCUUCCCAAUUAGCUAAGUACCGCAGAACCCCUGUUUUUCAAAACCAAGCCAUGGUUUUGACUCGGGCUCAGACUCGGAGCCGGAGAAGUCUCAGUCUGCAUCGGAUCCUUUGCCUCAGGCGGCAUCUGAACCGAGUCUGGGGCCUGAUUCUGAAGAGCCCCAGUCUGCACAGGUUCCCCUGCAACAAACACCAGCUGGGCCGAGUCAGGGGCCUGAGCCUGCCCUGGCUCCAGAUGUGGGGAUGACCUCGUUGCCUCCAGCUGGGCCAUCACUCACAGCUGCUCCACUACCGGUUGGGUCAGGGGAGGCUGAGGCGGCCCCUGGGCCUAGUAACCCACCGACGUCUCCCGAGCUGCAGAGACUGAGGUCUGAGAGAAGGAGAGACCUGAGUACUCGCAGGAGGAGUGCUCGCCUUCGGGCGAAACAGGGAGGUGAGUCACCUGGGGAUCAGGACCGGCCAUUACCCCGUCAGAGUUAAAAGGCUGCCGGACCCCGCCCCAGGUUGCGGGAGCAACAUUGCUGCUUGCUGGAACCUCCCUGUUACCCUGUGCCUGACCAUGCCUGGUUUCCUGCCUUGGCCCUGUUGGACUGACUCCUCGCGGAAUCCUUGGAUUUGGGACCGGAUCCGGACCGCUCGGCUCGGGUUAACCCCCGGGCCCAGCACACCUUGGACCACCUCCUUUCGGAAAUGUUGAUCUCUCCAUGGUAGUUUUUGUUAUGUGAAUGGUUUCAUGGACCCCCUAGGGGGGUUAUGCAGACCUCCUGGGAUCCACGGACCACCAGUUGGGAUCUACUGCUCUACACUGUUGGCAGCAGCAUGCCAAGUUUAAGAAUCUAAGGAACAUCUGCUGAAUCCAUGGCUCAUGCAGUUCGGCAUCUCAGUCUCACAGAGCUGUCGGAAACCAGCAAGCAGAAUUCAAACACAAGCCUUUUCCCCUUGCUGGUGUUUUCCAGCAUAGCUCUGUUGGUAGGGCAUGAGACUCUAAUAAUAAUAAUAAUAAUAAUAAUAAUAAUUAUAUACAUUAUAUUUAUAUAAUGUAUAUAUAAUUUAUAUAAUUAUAAACAUUAUAUAUAUAUAUAUAUAUAUAUAUAUAUAUAUAUAUAUAUAUAUAUAAAAUGUUUUCAAAACCGCAAAAACAGGAAAAAUACAAUACAAUUAAUUAACCGAUACACCAAAUUAUUUCUUGCUCCUCGACUUCCCUUUCACCCUUCCAUGGUUUCCUCAAAUUAUCUCUUACUGCUGCACAUUAUAAUAAUUGCAAUCAUUCUUCCAAUCAUUUUAUUCUCAUAACAAUUUUUUUACUGCUGAGCUUACUCCAAACCGACUCGCGUUUUGACAUGUUUGCAGCAAUUGUUAAAGAAAACAAUCUACAAAUCGUUUCCAAAUCCUCUUCAAGGAUGGCCUCUUCUUCUUCUUCUCUGAAGAGCAUGAGACUUCAGGGUCAUGGGUUUGAGCCCCACCUUGGGCGAAAGAUUCCUGCCCUGCAAGGGGGGUUGGACUAGAUGAUCUUCAGGGGUCCCCCUUCCAAUGCUACAGUUCUGCGAUUCUCUGAACUGGGAUUCAGAAGCUGUGGAGGCAGAGCGUAUAGGGAUCAUGGCUAGGAGCCAGCCAGAACCCUCUCCUUCAUGUUUCCAGGUGGGAGCCUUGAAGUAGUCAAGGACUGAACCUGGGACCUUCUACAUACCAAGCCCUGUUUAGGGAAGCUUUUAAUAUUUGGUGAAUUAUUGCAUUUUAAUAUUUUGCUGGAAGCCACCCAGAGUAACUAGGGAAAGCCACCCAGAUGGGCGGGGUAUAAAUAAUAAAUUACAGUGGAUGCUCGAGUUGCGAAAGUGAUCCGUGCGGGAUGCACAUUCACAACCCACAGUGGCGUGUCUGCGCGGGUUGCAAUUCGACGCUUCUGCGCAUGCGCAAAGCACAAUUUAGCGCUUCUGUGCAUGCAAGACUGCCGAAACCUGGAAGUAACCUGUUCCAGUACUUGCGGGUUUCAGCGGUCCAUAACCUGAAAAAACGCAACCUGAAGCGUCUGUAACCCGAGGUGGUGUUGUUUAGUCGUUUAGUCAUGUCCGACUCUUUGUGACCCCAUGGACCAGAGCACGCCAGGCACUCCUGUCUUCCACUGCCUCCCGCAGUUUGGUCAAACUCAUGCUGGUAGCUUCGAGAACGCUGUCCAACCAUCUCGUCCUCUGUCGUCCCCUUCUCCUUGUGCCCUCCAUCUUUCCCAGCAUCAGGGUCUUUUCCAGGAGUCUUCUCUUCUCAUGAGGUGGCCAAAGUAUUGGAGCCUCAGCUUCAGGAUCUGUCCUUCCAGUGAGCACUCAGGGCUGAUUUCCUUCAGAAUGGAUGGGUUUGAUCUUCUUGCAGUCCAUGGGACUCUCAAGAGUCUCCUCCAGCACCAUAAUUCAAAAGCAUCAAUUCUUCUGCAAUCAGCCUUCUUUAUGGUCCAGCUCUCACUUCCAUACAUCACUACUGGGAAAACCAGAGCUUUAACUAUAUGGAACCCAAGGUAUGACGAUGAUGAUGAUGAUGAUGAUUAAAGCAGAUGCUCAGCCUCUGAGCCAAGGGAGGACUUUCCCGUCUCCCCUCCCACCCCAUUUUCAAUCUUGGAGUAGACAGGGAGAGAUAGACGGAUUUCUGAGCAGCCUCAGCGAAUCCUUGCCGGAGCUUUGCAGAGACUGGAGAGGGAAGCGAAAAACGCACAGCGGUUUUUACUGCCUCUUUCCCCAUCUGGUUUCCAUUCGGCUCAUUUCUGCUGCUGCUGCUGCUGCGAGAGAAAGAGAGAGAUUCAAGUCGGUGCUGGGAUGCCGUUUUGGCUUUCGCAGCUCAGGGCGAGAUUCCAGAGGAGGAGGACCGAGGGCGCGCAGCAGCAGCGCAAAGGGAUGCUCCGGUUGCGCCCAUGACACCACCGACGCUCCCUUGGCUUCGGGAGAGGGACUGGGUGGCACUGGAGGAGCUGGGUGGGUGCAGGAGAGGGGAGAUUUUGGAUCCCAGCCUGCGGGAGAGGAAGGGAGGCGGAGGCGAGACAGAGGCAUUGUGCAGAAGAGUAAGGCGAUGUUGUGGCCCGCGGCGGUGGCGGCAGUGGUCCUCCUGGCCGGUCUCUCGCAGCGCGUCCAGGCGGAGACCUACACUUCCAUGCUGAGCAUCCACCAGGCGCUCAGCACCGAGAGGGAGCUCCUGCGCUUUUUGCACACCUACCUGGAAGAGGAAGCCAAGAGGCUGGAGGACCUCAGGAGGUAAGGGCCGGGCUCUGUUUGCGGGGAUCAAGCCCAGGAGGCUGGAAUCGUAGAGUUGGAAGGGACACCCCAGGGCUAUGUAGUCCGACCCCCUCCAAUGCAGGGAAUCGCAGCUGAAUAAUCCCUGCCGGAUAACCUUCCAUUCUGCUGUCAAACAGUUCUUACUACCCUAGCGCUUAGCCAGAAUCUCCUUUCUCGGCAUUUGAAUGUGUUGGUUUGGGUCCUACCCUCUGGAGCAGAAGAAAACAAGCUUGCUCCAUCCUCCAGGUGACAGACCGUCAGAUAAUUAAAAUAAUAAUAAUAAUAAUGGACGCCGGUGGCAGUGGGACGCAGGUGGCGCUGUGGGUUAAACCACAGAGCCUAGGACUUGCCGAUCAGAAAGUCGGCGGUUCAAAUCCCCGCGACAGGGUGAGCUCCUGUUGCUCAGUUCCUGCUCCUGCCAACCUAGCAGUUCGAAAGCACGUCAAAGUGCAAGUAGAUAAAUAGGUACCGCUCCGGCGGGAAGGUAAAUGGCGUUUCCAUGUGCUGCUCUGAUUCACCAGAAGUGGCUUAGUCCUGCUGGCCACAUGACCCGGAAGCUGUACGCCGGCUCCCUUGGCCAAUAAAGUGAGAUGAGCGCCACAACCCCAGAGACGGCCAUGACUGGACCUAAUGGUCAGGGCCCCCUUUACCUUUACCUUAAUAAUAAUAAUAAUAAUAUAAUUUAUUAUUUGUACCCCACCCGUCUGGCUGGGUUUCCCCAGCCACUCUGGGCGGCUUCCAACAAAGAUUAAAAAUACAUUAAAAUGUCACACAUUAAAAACUUCCCUGAACAGGGCUGCCUUCAGGUGUCUUCUAAAUGUCAGGUAGUUGUUUAUCUCUUUGACAUCUGAUGGGAGGGCGUUCCACAGGGCGGGUGCCACUAUCGAGAAGGCCCUCUGCCUGGUUCCCUGUAGCUUUGCUUCUCGCAGUGAGGGAACCGCCAGAAGGCCCUCGGAGCUGGACCCCAGUGUUCAGGCAGAAUGAUGGGGGCGGAGAUGCUCCUUCAGGUAUACUGGCUGUCAUAUCCCCUCUCAGUCUCCUCUUUUCCAGGCUGAACAUACUUAGCUCCUUCAACCAUUCCUCAUACGGCCCAGUUUCCAGAUUUCUGCACACCUUCCAGUCAGUUAAUAAUAAUAAUAAUAAUAAUAAUAGUUUAUUUAUUAUAUCCCACACAUCUGGCUAGGUUUCUCCAGCCACAUCCCCAACAGAAUAUUAAAAACACUAUAAAACAUCAAACAUUAAAAACUUCCCCAAACAGGGCUGCCUUCUUCAAAAAGUGAGGUAGUUGUUUAUUUCCCUCCUUCCACAGGGAGGGCGCCACCACCAAGAAGGCCCUCUAUCUGGUUCCCUGUAACCUCACUUCUCGCAGGGAGGGAAUGGCCAGAAGGCCCUCGGAGCUGGACCUCUGUCCGGGCAGAACGAUGGGGGUGGAGACACUCUUUCAGGUAUACUGGGCCGAGGCCGUUUAGGGCUUUCAAGGUCAGCACCAACACUUUGAAUUGUGCUCAGAAAUCUGGCACCCAGAACUGGACACAGGACUCCAGGUGUGGUCUGACCAAGGCAGAAUAGAGCAGGACUAUGACUUCCCUCGAUCUGGAUGCUAGACUUCUGUUGAUGCAGCCUAGAAUAGCAUUUGCUUUUGUUGCUGCUGCAUCACACUGUUGACUCACAUUCAGCUUGUGCUCAACUAAGACCCCUAGAUCCUGUCCACAUGUACUGCUGUCAAGUCUUAUCUUUGUGCAUCUGGUUGUUGUUGUUGUUAUUUAGUCAUUUAGUCGUGUCCGACUCUUUGUGACCCCCUGGACCAGAGCACGCCAGGCACUCCUGUCUUCCACUGCCUCCUGCAGUUUGGUCAGACUCAUGCUGGUAGCUUCGAGAACACUGUCCAACCAUCUCGUCCUCUGCUGUCCCCUUCUCCUUGUGCCCUCCAUCUUUCCCAGCAUCAGGGUCUUUUCCAGGGAGUCUUCUCUUCUCAUGAUCUGUCCUUCCAGUGAGCACUCAGGGCUGAUUUCCUUAAGAUUGGAUAGGUUUGAUCUUCUUGCAGUCCAUGGGACUCUCAAGAGUCUCCUCCAGCACCAUAAUUCAAAAGCAUCAAUUCUUUGGCGAUCAGCCUUCUUUAUGGUCCAGCUUUCACUUCCAUACAUCACUACUGGGAAAACCAUAGCUUUAACUUGCAUCUGGUUAUUUUGGUGCAGAAGCUGAAAUUUGUCCCCGUUGAAAUCCAUUUUGCCAGUUUCAUUAGUUUUGUGUUAGUGCUACACUGGGUGCCUGCUGUGCUCUCAGAACAUCUCAGGUCCAAUCCCUGCCAUCUCUAGUUAAAGCGGGAAUGGGGAACCUCUGCUUCUCCAGCUGUUGGCAGACUCCUGUUGGCGCCUGCCAGCGCGUCUGAAGAUCUGGAGAGGGGGAGACAGAGAUUUGGAGGAGCAACUGAUAGAGACAAAGGAGAAUGAAUGGAGGUGCAAAAACUACCCACGUUCAUCGACAACAUGAGGGAACCCUACAUUGACUCAAAGCAAAUGUUAUCCCGCAAUUCCCAGUGCAUUUUCUCACUGCUUUCCUGAUCACAAAGUCUGGUAUUUGGGGAUAGCUGGUUUGUUGCACAAGAGCUCCAAAUCACAUUUACUUGCAGGACCUGAAUUUGCCAGUAUGUGAUGGAUUCCCACUCGAAACUACAACAGUCUGGAGGCUUCCCAGAAGGCAGUCUCCCAAUUGUUCCUUGCUAGUUGUUUCCUACUCCCAUCUUCUGUGCCUUGCAAUUAUACAUACCGUAUUUUUCGCUCUAUAGGACGCACCGGACCAUAGGAGGGGGAGUACAGGGGGGGGAAAAUUUCCCCCUCUCUGCUCAGCGCCCCUUCAGCGAAGCAGCAGGAGAAACGGAGCCCCUUCCAUUUCUCCUCCCGCUUCGCUGAAGGGGCGCUGCGCAGAGAGGGAAAACUGUGGAGCGCCUCUUCAGCGAAGCAAAGCCUGGAGAGCAAGAGGGAUCGGUGUGCACCGACCCCUCUCGCUCUCCAGGCUUCAGGCGGCCAUCCACAAGCCUUCGGAGCGUGGCAGGAACUCCUGCUGCACUCCGAAGGCUUGCGGAUAGCUGCCUGAAGCCCCCGGAGCGCAGCGGGAGUUCCCUGCGCCCCGGGGGCUUCAGGCGGCUUCAGCGAAAGCAACGCAAAGCCUCCGGAGCGCGGGGGGAGCUCUCCCACUGCCCUUCGGAGGCUUCACGUUGCUAUUGCUGAAGCCAAGGAGCCUGCAUUCGCUCCAUAAGACACACACACAUUUCCCCUUAAUUUCUGAAGGGGAAAAAGUGUGUCUUAUAGAGCAAAAAAUAUGGUGCAUAUUUUUUAAAAAUCCCAGAUCCACCAGAACAGGUGCCCAGAAUCUGCCACUUGAGGCAGCCACCUUGCCCGGGUCCACGCCAGAACCAGCCACGAACAUGUCCACUUUCUAACAGCCCCUCCUUGUUUGAGGUUUUUGCUAUGCAGUUUUCCAGGGAUGGGCGUGGAGGGAAAUCAAUCCUUCUCCACCAAACUUCUGGACGGCAAAAUUGGCAAGAGAGCAUUGCAAUUCGAAACAGUGUCUUGGCAAAUAUUCAUCUGCCCUUUUGUAGGUGUUGGCUGUGUAUGAUAGAAUGUGAACCAGAAGGGCGGGGUUUUUGUGGUUUGGGUUUUUUUUGAAAGGGAAAGUGAGUACAACCUCCCCCCCCCACCACCAAAAAAACCCUUAUGGGAACAGCCCAUAAAGAAUUGGGUUUUCAUAAGUAAAAACAUAUUAGAUAUAUAUUUCCAUUGGAAAAGGUUCAGAAAAUUAAAAUGAUGCAGGGGAUGAAACGAUGCCUGUAUGAAGAAAGUUUGCAGAGUUUGUGACUUUUCAGUUUUAGGAAAUACAGGAUCAGGCCAAUGACCCAUCUAGUACAGCACCUGUAUUUUAAAUUGUUCCCCCCCCCUUAUGUUUUUACUGUAAUUUUACUGGUGUUAGCCGCCCUGAGCCUGGCUCUGGCUGGGGAGGGCAGGGUAUAAAUAAAAUGUAUUACUAUUAUUAUUAUUAUUAUUAUCCUGUUCUCACAGUGGCCAACCAGAGGCUUCUGGGAAGCCUGCAGGCACAAGAGCAACUCUCCACUCCUGCAGUUUCCAGCAACUGGGACUCAUAAUAAUAAUAAUAAUAAUAAUAAUAAUAAUAAUAAUAAUUUAUUAUUAUAGUUAGUGGAUUAAAAUGUAUAAAAGGUAAAGGGACCCCUGACCAUUAAUAAUAAUAAUAAUAAUAAUAAUUUAUUAUUUGUACCCCGCCCAUCUGGCUGGGCCGCCCCAGCCACUCUGGGAGGCUUCCAACAAAGAUUGAAAAUACAUCAAAAUGUCACACAUUAAAAACUUCCUUGAUCAGGGCUGCCUUCAGAUGUCUUCUAAAAGUCACGUAGUUGUUUAUUUCCUUCACAUCUGAUGGGAGGGCGUUCCACAGGGCGGGUGCCACCACCGAGAAGGCCCUCUGCCUGGUUCCCUGUAACCUUAAUUCUCACAGGGAGGGAACCGCCAGAAGGCCCUCAGAGCUGGACCUCAGUGUCCGGGCUGAACAAUGGGGGUGGAGACGCUCCUUCGGGUAUACUGGACCAAGGCCAUUUAGGGCUUUAAAGGUCAGCACCAGCACUUUGAACUCCCACUCCCCAGUCCAGCUGCCGCAUUCUGGAUUAGCUGUAGUUUCCGGGUCACCUUCAAAGGUAGCCCCACGUAGAGCCCAUUGCAGCGGGAGAUAACCAGAGCAUGCACCACUCUGGCGAGACAGUCUGCAGGCAGGUAGGGUCUCAUCCUGCGUACCAGAUGGAGCUGGUAGACAGCUGCCCUGGACACAGAAUUCACCUGCGCCUCCAUGGACAGUGGUGAGUCCAAAAUGACUCCCAGGCUGUGCACCUGGUCCUUUAAAGCCCUGGCUUAGGGCUUUCAAGGUCAGCACCAACACUUUGAAUUGUGCUUGGAAACGUACUGGGAGCCAAUGUAGGUCUUUCAAGACCAGUGUUAUAUGGUCUUGGCGGCCGCUCCCAGUCCCCAGUCUAGCUGCCACAACUAGGCUAGUAUCGCUGCCCCCAACUGUGGAGCCUUCCAUAGGAGCCUUCCAUUGCCCUCUUCUCCUGAGUCUUGUCUAAUUGUGAAUAAUAUCCUUCUUCUUGCCUUCCUCCCCAACCAGAUUCUACAGGAAGAUCCAGGCCUUGCACCAAGGCGCGGGCAGCACCGUGGUUAACCCUUUACUGGCCUACACGCUCAUCAAGAGGUUGCAGUCGGACUGGCUGAACGUGGUGUACAGCAUGGAAGCCAGCGAGAACGCCCAAGGUAUGUGGGCUGAAGGCAGGGUAUACUGUUUAGCUGCUGGGAAUAUAACUGUUAAGUUGUGGGUGAACAUAUCAGACGACACAGCGAUUCUUCAAACAGCUCUUGUUUAUUCACAGGCCCAGAACAGAACUGAACUGAAGGGUUCAGCCAGCCUGCUUAUAUAGAGCUCCACUACAAAGCAACAGUAACAACUUUCUGUAACUAUCCAAUCACUGAAUUCAAUUCCUUAUUUGCAUAUGUGGACCUGAGUGAAAACUAUCUAAGUAUCCCCCUACUGGCCCAGGGGAGAAUUUCAGUACAUAACAAUAAGAGUGAUAGUAAUGGGCAUUUUGGGCGGAGAAGGUUCAUUGCAUCGCGGGAGGACACCUGCUUGGCUUGCAGAAGGUCCCGGGUUCAAGCCACAGUAGCAUCUCUAGGUAGGAAUGUUGCCUUCCUGAAACUCUGGGCAGCAGCUGCUGGCCAGUACGGGCAGCCCUGAGAUAGAUGGACCUUUUUUAAAUAAAGGCACCUUUAAAAAAAAUAAAAAUGUACCUUUCCCCCCAAAAAACCAGAGUCCUUUUUGUUGGGGAUAAUUCAGAGGGAAAUUCCUAGGUGUCAGAAAAGACUACCCCCCCUUUCCAAUACUGUAUUUUAUUGGUUUUUCCCAUAUUACAUCACAAUAUAAAUAAACCAAAGCCACCACCACAUCCUUCAUAAUAUUAAUAAAUAAUAAUAAUAAUAAUAAUAAUAAUAAUAUUUUAUUUAUUUAUACUCUGCCCUUCCCGGUUCAAAAACCAGGCUCAGGGCGGCUAACAACAAAUUUAAACACUUUAAAACACUUAAUUAUAAAAGCAGCAUAAAAUGCGGUAUAAAAACAUGAAUAACAAUAAAAUUCAAAAAUCAAUUAGAUAAUCCCCAGGGCUAGCUGGCUGAAUAUUCUUUUGUCCCUCCCCCUGCUUCCCUCCGCCCCACUCGAUUUCCUCUACAUUCUGAGAUUACAUUUAUCAUUACAUUUACAAUCUUCUCAAAUCUUCUAUAUGUUCUUAUUAUCUUUCCUUACUAAUUUACCUUCCCUCAGAUACUUUACAUUUUAAUCUAGGCAUAUUAUCAUAUCUUUUUUUGAGCGAUAUUUUACCAUAUAUUCAUCAAAAUAUUCCCACUCCUUUUUUAAUUUUAAUUUUUAAUUUUUGAUUCGAUUGGUUUCUUAUGAUAGCUGUUAGUUUUGCCAGAGUUAAGUAUUCAUUUAGUUUACAAAUCCAUUUCUAUUUCAAACCCAUUUUUUUAUUAUUGAUAUUUUCAACAUCUCAAAAAAGACUAUUUAUGUACGCCACUACUGCAGCCCAUGUUUUGUUAGCCCCAAAAUGGAAAACCAGCGAGGUCCCAGCUAAAGAAGGAUGGCAACAAACUGAUGAAAUAUGUGCAGCUUACAGAUUUAACAUACAGAAUAAGAGAACAAGAAGAACAUACAUUUAAAGAAGACUGGAAAAUGUUUACUGAAUAUGCGGGUGGAAAUUGUGUACAUUUAAAAACACUGGCAGCACUAAGAUAAAUUCAACAGUAAUAAUGGAAUACGGAAUGGUUUAGUUCAUGUAAAAUAUGCAGGGAUGUACGGUAUGCAAAAUGAACCACGGAAAGAGAAGAAGGGAAGUCAUUGGUUUAAGAUUGUUAAAAUGAAUAUUUUGAAAUGUAAAUUCAAAAAAAUAAAUAAAAAUGAUUUAUUAUGAAGGCAGGUAUCUGAAGAAGUGUGCAUGCACACGAAAGCUCAUACCAAUAACAAACUUAUUUGGUCUCUAAGGUGCUACGGGAAAGAAUUUUUUAAUUUUUUUACCCUGCCCCUAUUGUUAAGGCUCGGUACCAAGGAGGGAUUGGUUUUGUUCUCAGCAGGAACACGGGUGGCCCUGUGGUCUAAACCACUGAGCCUCUUGGGCUUGCUGAUCAGAAGGUCUGUGGUUCGAAUCCCCCCGACGGGGUGAGCUCCCAUUGCUUGGUCCCUGCUCCUGCCAACCUAGCAGUUCGAAAGCAUGUCAAAGUGCAAGUAGAUAAAUAGGUACCCCUCAGGCGGGAAGGUAAACGGCAUUUCUGCACGCUGCUCUGGUUUCUGUCACGGUGUUCCAUUGCACCAGAAGCAGUUUAGUCCUGCUGGCCACAUGACCUGGAAAGAUGUCUGCGGACAAAUGCUGGCUCCCUCGGCCUGAAAGUGAGAUAAGCACCGCAAACCCAUAGUUGCCUUUGACUGCACUUAACCAUCCAGGGGUCCUUUACCUUUUACCUUUAUCUUGAUAGGGACACGGGUGACCCUGUGGUCUAAACCACUGAGCCUCUUGGGCUUGCUGAUCAGAAGGUUGGCAGUUCGAAUCCCCGCGACGGGGUGAGCUUCUGUUGCUCUGUCCCAGCUCCUGCCAACCUAGCAGUUCCAAAGUACACCAGUGCAAGUAGAUAAAUAGGUACCGCUGUGGCGGGAAGGUAAACAGUGUUUCCCUGUGCUCUGGGUUCCGUCACAGUGUCCAGUUGCACCAGAAGCGGUUUAGUCCUGCUGGCCACAUGACCCAGAAAGCUGUCUGUGGACAAACGCCGGCUUCCUCGGCCAAUAAAGCGAGAUGAGCGCCGCAACCCCAGAGUCAUCUGCGACUGGACUUAACCAUUGUUAUGUACUGAGUUGAAUAGGAUCCAAAAUGCAGCAGUCUGGUUGGUCCUAGAUCAAUGCAGCAGUCUGAUUGGUCCGCAGGAGCCACCCAAUCCAGCUCUAGGUGGAAGUGAAUCCGCAACCUGAUUGGCCUACAGGAGAAUCCCGGAAUUAGCCAAUCACAUGCAGCCCAUUCUGUAAAUAAUGUAUAUAAAGCAGAUAUUUUGGGGAAACUUUCAUUCCUCACUACUAUGAGCUGAAUAAAGAGCAUGAAAUCCACACUCGACUCCGAGUAUAUUUCAACCAUCCAGGGGUCCUUCACCUUUUCUUUAACUUUUGUUCUCAGCACUGAAGAAUGGCUACCAACGAUUGGAGGAGGAGUUGCCCAUCUUUGAGGACCUGGAAGGAGCUGCGCGGGGGGUGAUGCGCCUGCAAGAUGUUUACUCCCUGAGCGUGAAGGGCUUGGCCAAAGGGAAAUUCCAGAGGGUUAGCAAUGCUCCGCUUCCAGACGUCUACAACCCCAGCCAGGAUUUCUCCCUGUCCGCCGACGACUGUUUCCAUAUUGGCAAGGUGAGGGGGGCAGGUCAGUGGUUUCCAAAGGGGGCAGUAACAGACCCCCUGGAGGUCAGUGGGAUUACCUGGCAGGCAUGCUAAGAGGCAAGGGGUUGAUAGGGUUGCGCUGUGUGAGCUAUAUUAAUUGCAAUUUAUGCCUCCAGGCACCCAAGUGUGUAGGUUAAAAAUCCCAUCCUUGCCAACAAAUUAAAAGCAUAGGAAUUAGGCUGCAAAAUUACGAAUUAGCUACAAAGUUGGUGCUGUGGGUUAAACCACAGAGCCUAGGACUUAACAAUCAGAAGGUCGGUGGUUUGAAUCUCCGCGACGGGGUGAGCUCCCGUUGCUCGGUCCCUGCUCCUGCCAACCUAGCAGUUCGAAAGCAUGUCAAAGUGCAAGUAGAUAAAUAGGUACCGCUCCGGCGGGAAGGUAAACGGUGUUUCCGUGCGCUGCUCUGGUUCGCCAGAAGCGGUUUAGUCAUGCUGGCCACAUGACCCGGAAGCUGUACGUCGGCUCCCUCGGCCAGUAAAGCGAGAUGAGCACCGCAACCCCAGAGUCAUCCACGACUGAACCUAAUGGUCAGGGGUCCCUUUACCCCUUUACCUUUACUCAACUGGUUCUCCCUUUUUCGCCCUGCUUAACAAAGAAGCAGGCAGCAACUCCCCCCCCCCCCAAAAAAAAAAAUUUAUUCAUUUUAUAACACAAAUAAACAAGACAAACAGAAAAACAAACAAUACAAACAAAUUCUUGUCUUAUCCUUUUUUCCCCUAAACAUUGUUAGGUGAGUUUCCCCAGCUCCCCCCUAUCUGAUUUUCAUUUUACCUCAUCUUUAGCAGUUUCAUAUAUCAUAAUUUUUAACCAUUUUUUAAUCACAUUUACUUUUACCAUAAAAAUCUUCACAUUUUAUCACUUACGAAUAAUACUAUUUUAAAAUACGCUAUCUUCUACUUCUAACCCUACAACCUAUAUCUACUUCCAAAGCUAUUCUAAGAUUUAAAUAUUAACGUGUUUUUUCAGAUAUUCUUUAAACAAGAAUCAGGCAGUAACUUGGGGGUUAAGUUUAAAAAUAUAUUUUACAGUGGUACCUUGGUUCUCAAAUGCCGAAAACCCGGAAGUAAGUGUUCCGGUUUUCGAACGUUUUUUGGAAGCUGAACGUCCAUUGUGGCUGUCGGCUAUUGUUUCCAGGGCAUCUGCACCAAUCAGAAGCUGCGCCUUGGUUUUUGAACAUUUUGGAAGUCAAACGGACCUCUGGAAUGGAUUAAGUUUGGUGCUUUUGUUUUUGCUAUUUAUUUUGCGUUUUUGUUUUGGAGGCAUUUUUGGUUAAUUUGUUUUUGUGACUGUGUGGAACCCAGUUCAGCUACCGAUUGAUUGAUUGAUUGAUUGAUUGAUUGUGUGCCUGCGGAAAUGGAUAAAAGCCCCCCAUCCAAACAAUGACUAUCAUCAGUGUAGGUAAGAAAACAAAAUAUUAUCUUCAAUACUGUCUUAUUUAUUUCAUAGUACAGCACAUUGAUUAUUGCUUUCAUUUUAUGGAUCAGUGGUCUCAUUAGAUAGUAACAUUCAUGUUAAAUUGCUGUUUUAGGGGUUGUUUUUAAAUGUCUGGAACGGAUUAAUCCCUUUUGCAUUACUUUCUAUGGUAAAGCGCACCUUGGUUUUGGAACGCUUUGGUUUCGGAAUAGACUUCCAGAACGGUUUAAGUUUGAGAACCAAGGUACCACUGUACUUACUUAAAAUUUUGCAUUGGUUCACGGCAACGGCAGCAGUAGAAAUUAUGCAGGCAAAAAUCCUCAUCUAGCCAGUGAUUUCGCAGGUUAAAGUGGUCCCAAGUUCCUAAGGGCUUUCUCUUACCAUUCCUGGUUUCUUCCAGGUUGCCUACGACAUGGAAGAUUAUUACCACUCCAUUCUGUGGCUGGAGGAAGCCGUGAGCCUCUUCCGCGUUUCCUACGGGAGCUGGAACACGGAAGACGAGGGGAGCCUUGAAGAUGCUCUGGACCACCUGGCUUUUUCUUAUUUCAAGGUAAGACGGGAUGCUGGAAGAGGACACAGGGAGCUGCUGCCUUUACCGAGUCGGACUCUCGGUCCAUCUAGCUCAGUACUGUCUGCAGCAGCUUUCCAGGCAGGGGAGAUGCCACACUGGAGAUUGAAUUUGGAGCCUGCCUCAUGAACGCAGAUGCGCUGACACCGAGCUACAGUCCUUCUGCACAACUUCCGCUUGUCCUGCCCAACUUCCAUGCUGAUUCUGUGUGGGAAUGUUCAGGGAGGCAGGAGAGGAUAUAUUGUUUAUUAAUGUCCUUCCUAACUUCCGUUGUUGUUGUUGUUGUUUAGUCAUUUAGUCGUGUCCGACUCUUCGUGACCCCAUGGACCAGAGCACGCCAGGCACUCCUGUCUUCCACUGCCUCCCGCAGUUUGGUCAAACUCAUGCUGGUAGCUUCGAGAACACUGUCCCACCAUCUCGUCCUCUGUCGUCCCCUUCUCCUUGUGCCCUCCAUCUUUCCCAACAUCAGGGUCUUUUCCAUGGAGUCUUCUCUUCUCAUGAGGUGGCCAAAGUAUUGGAGCCUCAGCUUCAGGAUCUGUCCGUCCAGUGAGCACUCAGGGCUGAUUUCCUUCAGAAUGGAUAGGUUUGAUCUUCUUGCAGUCCAUGGGACUCUCAAGAGUUUCCUCCAGCACCAUAAUUCAAAAGCAUCCAUUCUUCGGCAUCAAAACUUCCAUUAGCAAGUCCCUUUACUUAGGAGAGGUUACAUUCCCUGAAGGAAUGAUCGCCGGGUGUGGAGCACACUUCCACCCGCAGACAAGCCACAGCUGUCUGAAUAUCAUGCCCUCUACCUAACCUUUGGCUUUCUCAGUGGUCUGCAGUGCCCCGUCUGUGACCUUGGUCUCCUUCGUCAUACAUUGUUCAGGGGGAAAGUGACGCGCUGGAAACAGGUGCCAAAAUAACUUUGUAUCACCCCACGAUCUCGUGACUGGAAGAUGUAAAGGGCACAGUCCAAAAUGUAUCUGACUGGUUUUGCAUAUUGUGCUAGUAAAAAGAGCCUCAACAAACAAUACAAGCAACACGAAGACCAGUAUACUAGAUAGCACUGCAGUUCUUAUUGCAUAGUAUACAUGAUUUAGUACAACCAAAACAAAAUGUGUACACUUGUAAAUUCUCUAAUAUGUUUGAAAUCAAAUGAACACACGUCUGUCAAUCUUUGAAAGUCCGUAGAAGUAUAAUAAGUCUAUGGUUGAAACAAAGUAAUAGAUGCUAUCCUGUGGGCUAAGCGGUAAAACUUUUUUAGGCGUUCAUGGUGCGGAAGUAGUAAGUGAAUAACAACGUAGGACAGUGAUCCCGGAUAAUCUGUCUGUUUCGCUGGAAUCUUCUUCAGCACAACCCAUAGAUUAGAAAAAUGCACAAGGAGCAGCGGUCAUGAGAAUAUGUAUAUUCCAGCGAAACAGUCAGAUUAUCAGGGAGCACCGUCCUACGUUGUUAUUCACUGACUACUUCGGCAACACAGGGGUUUGUUGUUCAAUAAAAAGAGCCUCAGCAGAGCUAGCUGGCAGCUUGCUUAUGCACAGCUCACCUGCAUUACCAGCUCCUGCCUCACGCCAUUCACUUCAAUUCCCCUUUUAACACACAGGGGGUAGCUGGUUGCAGGCUUGUGUAAGCCUCUCGCUAUCAUACAAUUCAGUAUUGAAUUGUGUGUUCCUGGUAAAUUCCCUUAUUGUCCCUCUUAAAAAGAAUAAACACAUGGCAAUCUUAUUUAAAGUAUAUGAAGAAUAUUUACUCACACCAUCAGUUCACAGUGGAUCCCUGAAGGCAGACUUAGUUACAAAGUAUAUGCAUGUAGAACUAUUGGAGAUAGUCUCUUUGUCCUCUGUUGGGUUUCAGCCAACAGAGCAUCUCUAGAUAAAAGGCUGCUGCUUCUACGAAGCUGCUUCUAAUGAAGUCAAAGAGAGGAGGUGUGCUGUGUGACUUGUCCUUUUCUUACCUGCGCAGGUAAGGUCACGCCCACCUCUAGUCACAUGCAGAGGAAGUAUGCCCCAGCCAGGAGGAAACAGGAAGUUUUCUACUGGCUGGACCAAACAUCCCCUUGCAUGUCCACUCUAGGAAAACAAGGAAUGUUGCACUUGACUAGUAUCACAUACCACAUUCUGCACAAGAUGAUUCACUCAAGGAGGGGAGGAGGGUGGGAUAGUAAUAAUUUAUUAUUUAUACCCUGCCCAUUCCACAGGGUGGGCGCCACCACCGAGAAGGCCCUCUGUCUGGUUCCCUGUAACCUCACUUCUCGCAGUGAGGGAACCGCCAGAAGGCCCUCGGAGCUGGACCUCAGCAUCUGGGUAGAACGAUGGGGGUGGAGACACUCCUUCAGAUAUACUGGACCGAAGCCGUUUAGGGCUUUCAAGGUCAGCACCAACACUUUGAAUUGUGCUUGGAAACAUACUGGGAGCCAAUGUAGGUCUUCCAGGACCUGUGUUAUGUGGUCUCGGUGGCCGCUCCCAGUCACCAGUCUAGCUGCCACAUUCUGGAUUAGUUGUAGUUUCCGGGUCACCUUCAAAGGUAGCCCCACAUAGAGCGCAUUGCAGUAGUCCAAGCGGGAGAUAACCAGAGCAUGCACCACUCUGGCGAGACAGUCCGCGGGCAGGGAAGGUCUCAUCCUGCGUACCAGAUGGAGCUGAUAAACAGCUGCCCUGGACACAGAAUUGACCUGUGCCUCCAUGGACAGCUGUGAGUCCAAAAUGACUCCCAGGCUGCGCACCUGGUCCUUCAGGGGCACAGUUACCCCAUUCAGGACCAGGGAGUCCUCCACACCCGCCUGCCCCCUGUCCCUCAAAAGCAGUACUUCUGUCUUGUCAGGAUUCAACCUCAAUCUGUUAGCCGCCAAACAUCUUCCAACCGCCUCCAGACACUCACAGUGUGCUGCUCCCCUCUGCUGUCACACUGGUGGAACUCCCUGCAGGGAAUAUUCAGCUUGUCUGGCAAUGGAAGAGUGAAUUGUUCACUUGGGACCCUGGGUGACACUUGACAGCAUGCCCUGCCUCCCUAUGAACCAUCUUGCAUCCUUCUCUCCUUACGUCUAAAUCAGGUGUUCCUCUGAGCAUGUGUAGAGUGCAACUCUCCCCAUUCGCUGAGUAAGAAUAGCCUCCACACACAGACACACACACUUUGCUUUCAUGUCAGCUUGAGUGUCUAUUUCCCCCCAGAAAUCUAACUUUUUGCUUUCUCCCCUCUUCAUUUUUUAAAGGCAGGAAACAUCUCUCAUGCCUUAAGCCUUUCCCAAGAAUUUCUUCACUACGGUAUGUGCUUCUUGUCCAGAUCCUGUCAGACUGAAGAAUGUUACUUAGUCACUCCAAACAUCAAGCUUUAAAGGAUUAGAUGCUCUCCUCAUAAAUUGCACAAUCAUCAGUGGGCCUUCAUAACUAGGGGGGAAACAGUUUCUGUUCAAACCAGCCGGGGCAUUUUUCUCCCAGGGAGUAAGGGAUUCCGGGUUGAACAUGGGGAAGUAAAUAUCAGAGGAACAUUAAAAUGAGGCGGGCAUGGAAACAAAAAAAUACUGCACCUUUCAUAGCCGUGAAAAUGGACUUUCAGCAGAGAUGACUUGUUUCCUACUGAAAUUCCCUACACAACUAAGAACCCUCCAUUUGAAAAAGGAGCAGAGAUUCCACAUUUAUUCUGGGUUACCUAACUGGAAAGUAAUGCUGUCUCCUGGUAAGGAUUUCAUGUAUCAGUAACGGACAUUGAAAUCAUCUCUCUCUCUAUUGCAGAGAUUCUCAAAUAACUUAACAUCCAUAGAAUCAGAAGGUAAAGGGAGUUGGCUGCAGUGGGCCAAAGACCCACCUAAUUCUACCUGCAUAAAAGCCACUAGAGCUGCUAGCUUUUGAACCACAGCCUCUAACUAACAGCCAUUCAGUUAGCAGGUGAUUGUGUUCAGUUUCUUGCCACGAAGCUUUUCAGCUGAAUGCAGCUGCUCUUAAAAGUACAAGAGCAUGAAGGACUCGCUCACAAAUUUAUUGACAGCUGCACGCAUUAUUAUAGCUAGGAAGCGGAAGGAGAAAGCAGAAUAUAAAAUGGAAGAAUGGUAUAAAGAGUUGUGGGAUAUAGCUAUUAAUGAUAAAUUAACAUGUGCCAUUAAGGUAAGACAGGGAACAUGCAGGAGAAAUGAUUUUGAGGCGGUAUGGAGGAUGUUUGUAGAAUUUUGUACUGUUAAAACGGAAAGGGGUCAAACCAUGGCAGGAGGUGUUGAAAUUUUGGGAGGUUGGAUAGUUGCAAUGGAAUGGUCUCAGUGGUGGGGUGCACAUUUUUAUUUUAUUUAGUUAUGAUUAUUACUUUGUCAAAAUAAAAUAAAAUAAUGGGGGGUGGGAAGUACAAGAGCAGGCCAGUACAUUUUUUUACAGUCAGUUGGCAACCCACCCUUUGGUUUACAAAAAGUGAUCAAAAGACAACAACCCAAAAAACAAAACAAAGCAAAACCUUUGCUUCAAUGUCAUUCUCAUUACUGACCAUGCUUCAGUACUGCUCUGCAUAAGUGCCAACUCUCUGGGGCUCUGGGUGCCCAAGCACCCACAAAAUUCCCCAUGAAGGGACCAGGCACCCACAAAUUUCUAUGCCAGGGAUAUUCACGCUACAUGCCGCCCCCCCCCCCACGGCCCCCACGACCGCAGGGCCAAGUUGGCACGGUCACGGGGCCAAGUUGAAAAGCUACAAAUAAUUAAAACCGGGUUGCCAACUUUUUCUUACUGGCUCUGCGCCUUUGCCUUCAGUGGCAACCUGGCACACGAGGAGAACUUUCCUGGACAUGGGCAACCGCUUCAUUUCUGCAUGCUAGAUGGCUAUUAAAGGGGCAGGGGGGGGGGCCUUUUAAAAUGUAUAUCCACUUUUGGAUUCAGACCACCUGUUAUCUCGACCAGAUCCAAGCAACAAGAGGAUGGUGAGGAAUGUUCUCAAGUACGAGAAGCUGCUGCUGGUGAACCCUGAGAGUGGUGAAGAAGGGGGGUCCCUGCAGAGGCCAAACGUGACCCAGCUGGAGACCAGAGAUAUUUACGAGAAGCUGUGUCAGACUCUGGGGUCUCAGGUGGGGCCGCAGAAAAGGCACGGAAUCCAACCUUGGUGUUUUGUUUUUACGAAAUAGUGACAAACCCCAGCAGUGUUAGGAUGAUGUUAUCAGACGGGUGUUCAUUGUGGAAUGAGCAUCCAUGCGCCUUCGGUGUCCUUGGGAUAGAAAUGCCAAAUUUCCAUGGGAAAUCUGAUGAGCUUUUAAAUAUAUAGAUACAGUGGACGCUCGUGAUCCAUGUGGGAUGCACGUUCGCAACCUGCAGCGUCCGUAACCCGCAGCGGCGCGUCUGCACACACACGGGUUGCGAUUCGGCGCUUCUGCGCAUGCGCAGAGCGUGAUUUAGCGCUUCUGCACAUGUGUGAUCGACAAAACCAGAAGUAACCCAUUCCGGUACUUCCAGGUUUCGGUGGUCCGUAACCUGAAAAAAUGCAACCUGAAGUGUCAGUAACCCGAGGUAUGACUGUAACACCAAUGAUCUGCUUGUGAUAGCUGAGUGACAAAUUUGCAAUAUAAGCCCCCCUUAGAGGAAAAAAACCAACCAUCACCAACCCUCCGUGUUUUUCCUUUUGCUGGUUCAUCAUCCUGUAUGAUAUUUUGGUGGGUGUAAAAUACAAUUUUUGUUUCUUUGAAAAAUAGAAUAAAACUGAUCUUUUUAAAGGAACUACCCCUGAGCCUCUAGGGCUUGCCGAUCAGAAGGUCGGUGGUUCGAAUCUGCUCGAUGGGGUGAGUUUCUGGGUCACCUUCAAAGGUAGCCCCAUGUAGAGCGCAUUGCAGUAGUCCAAGCAAGAGAUAACCAGAGCAUGCACCACUCUGGCGAGACAGUCUGCGGGCAGGGAGGGUCUCAUCCUGAGUACCAGAUGGAGCUGGUAGACAGCUGCCCUGGACACAGAAUUGACCUGCGCCUCCAUGGACCAAAGUCCAAAAUAACUCCCAGGCUGCGCACCUGGUCCUUCAGGGGCACAGUUACCUCAUUCAGGACCACAGAGUCCUCCACACCUGCCCGCCCCGUCCCCCCAAAAUAGUACUUCUGUCUUGUCAGGAUUCAACCUCAAUCUGUUGGCCACCAUCCAUCUUCCAACUGCCUCCAGACAUUCACACAGGACAUUCACUGACUUCACUGGUUCUAACUACUGGGCUAGGGCCUUUUGCCUAUAACUUGGUGCAAUAGACAUUGGCCUAUUGAUGGUUGGCUGGUUUGCUGGUAGGUUCCCUUGCGUCACCCUCUCUCUCUGGUCCUCCUCCAGCCAUCCCAGUAUCAGCAGCAACACCUCUACUGCUCCUACGAGACCAAUGGGACCCCCUUCCUGAUGCUCCAGCCUCUGAAGAGGGAGAUUGUUCACCAGCAACCCCACAUCGCCCUCUACCACGACUUUGUCAGCGAUGCCGAAGCGGAGAGGAUCAAGGAGCUUGCCGCUCCACGGGUAAGCAGCUUGGGGGCAUUGGAGAGGCAGGAAAUGGGGUCUUGCGGGGCCGGCCCAUCCAUGAGGCAAACCGAGGCAGCCACUUCAGGCGACGGAACCGAAGGGGCAGGCCUGCUGCAGAAGUGGCUGCGGCAGUGGUUUCCAGGUUCUGGCGGGACCUCGCAAAAGCCCUGCGAGAUCUUGUGGGGCUCUAGCAAUAUCUUGCCAGAGCCUGGAAGCCGUGUUAUGCGGCAAAACGGGACGGGUCACUCCUGGGCUCUUGCGUCGUUUUGUGUUUUUUCCCAAAUGUUUUUAUUAAUUUUCCAAAUUUAUAACAAAUACAGCACAACACAAUAAAGAAAACAUAUAAGAAGAAAAACAAACAAACAUAUAAAAUUUCUUCCAAUUAAAAAACCAAAUUAAUUUCCAUUAUUAAAUGACUUCCUCGAAUCCUUCCUAACUGAUUUUCAUUGAAUCUCAUUUUUGCAAUUUUCCAAUAUUCACUUUCUAAUAAAAUUAACUAGUUCAAAUUACUACCUUCCUUUCUUUUCAUCAUAAUCUCUUGCGUCGUUGGCUUCAGGCUACAAGAAGGGAGAUUCCAGCUAACAUCAGGAAGAACUUUCUGACAGGAAGAACUGUUCAAUGGUAGAACGGUCUCCCUCAGGAGAAGGUGGACUCUCCUUCCUUGGAGGUUGUUAAGCAGCGGUUAGAUGGCCAUCUGUCAUGGAUGCUGUAGCUGAGAUUCCUGCAUUGCAGGGGGUUGGACUAGAUGACCGCUAGGGUCCCUUCCAACUCUAAGAUCCUACAAUUCUGUGAAUAUCAACAAUAAUAAUAUUGAUUGUUUGAAUUUAUAUACCGCCCUAUACCCAGGGGUCUCAGGGUGGUUCACAGAACAAGAUCAAUAUAAAAACCACAAUAUAUAUAAUCAAAAUAAAAAUGACAACCCAAUAACAACCCCUCCUCCCCCCAAAGAACUACAUUUUAAAAAGGCAUAGGAUGUCAGUAAGAUCAACCAAAGGCCUGGUUAAAAAGGAACGUUUUUGCCUGGCACCUAAAGGUGUGUAAUGAAGGCGCCAGGCGAACUUCCCUGGGGGGAGCAUUCCACAGACGGGGAGCCACUGCAGAGAAGGCCCUGUUCUCGUGUUGCUGACCUCCAGACCUCUUGAGGAGGAGGCACACGAAGGAGGGCCUCAGAAGGUGAUCUCAGGGUCUGGGUAGGUUCAUAUGGGAAGAGGCGGUCCUUGAGGUAUUGUGGUCCUGAGCCGUUUAAGGCCUUAUAUGUCAAAACCAGCACUUUGAAUUGGACCUGGAAACUAAUUGUUAGCCAGUGCAGUCGGACCAGGAUCAAUGUAACAUGCUCAAACCGUCUUGCUCCGGUGAGCAACCUGGCUGCUGAAUUCUGCACCAACUGAAGUUUCCGAACCGUCUUCAGAGGCAGCCCUACGUAGAACGCAUUGCAGCAGGGGUCAGCAAACGUUUUCAGCAGGGUGCCCAUCCACUGUCCCUCAGACCUUGUGGGGGGCCGGACUAUAUUUUUUGGGGGGAUGAACGAAUUCCUAUGCCCCACAAAUAACUCAGAGAUGCAUUUUAAAUAAAAGCACACAUUCUACUCAUGUAAAUAAUAAUAAUAAUUUUUAUUUAUACCCCACCCUCCCCAGCCAAGACUGGGCUCUGGGCGGCUAACACCCGACAUAAAAACAAUUGAUUGAAAUACAACUUAAAAACAAGAUUAAAAUAAAACAUUAAAACAUUAAAAUACAGCCUCAUUUCACUGGAAACAACAGUGUAAAAACACCAGGCAGGCCCUACAAAUAACCCAGAGGUGCAUUUUAAAUAAAAGCACACAUUCUACUCAUGUAAAAACACGCUGAUUCCCGGACGUCCGCUGACCGGAUUUAGAAGGUGAUUGGGCCGGAUCUGGCCCCCGGGUCUUAGGUUGCCUACCCAUGCCUUGCGGUAACCAACCUUGAGGUUACCAGAGCACUUGAUGGAUCGUCAUUUAUUUUGUACCUUGGGUGUCUUUCCUGCCCCUCUUCCUCCCAUAGGAGCCAAAGGGCGGUUAUCCCAGGCCACAAACUUGUUUUUUUUACUGCUGCUGUGGUCAAUGAGAUUUUUGAGGCUUUCUCAAUGGGUGUGGAGUAUUGAUGACUGGUUAGUAAGUUGCCCAAGGACAACUAAUAAAUCAUAGAAUCCUACAAUCGUAGAGUUGGAAGGGAUCCCCAAAGGUCAUCCAGACCAACCCCCUGCAAUGCAGGAAUCGCAGCUAAAUCGAAAAAAUGCAUGACCAUUAUGGUUACAAAUACCAAUCGCACGUUCUAACCAUGUUAGUCUGCUGGAGAAUUUUGUUCCCUCCAAAUUCUGUUAUACUAGCAAACCCCCCUAAAAAGGGGGGGUGGACCACCCCAGUUUGCAUCCCCAACCCUACUUUGUUUUUUAAAAAAUAAUCUUUAUUAAUUUAAAUUACACACAUAUACAAAGAAUUUACAAAGAAUUUACAAUCUCACACUCCAAAAAGAAAAUUAAAGAAAAAACAAUUAAGAAAAGCAGAAAACACAGAAAAAAGAAAGAAGAAAAAGCAGAUUUACAUGCAUAAAAAAAUCUUAAACUUCCUAAUUAAUACUUAAAUAAACACUUAAAUAAAAAAGACUUCUGACAAAAUGAGUCUUCCAAUCAUUCUCAUUGUACUGUUUAUACUGUCGUCGUUUUCCCUGCACAGUUUUAUAUUCUUUAAUAUUGUUUUAGAAGACAUCUGAAGGCAGCCCUGUUUAGGGAAGCUUUUAAUGUUUGAUGUAUUACAGUAUUUUAAUAUUUUUUGGGAAGCCGCCCAGAGUGGCUGGGGAAGCCCAGCCAGAUGGGCGGGGUAUAAAUAAUAAAUUAUUAUUAUUAUUAUUAUUGUUGUUGCCGUCUACUCCACAAACGGUAUUUGUUGUGUUUACAAGUAUCACUCAAGUUCUGCUAACAUGGUGUGCCCAACCCUACUUUGAACAAGAGGGCAGAAAACUUCCUUUUUGGUUAUUCUGAUUCCUUCAGCAGCCGAGAGAAUUAAGCUUAAAAAUUGCCACUUCGAGACAGGAUUGAGGAGGAGAAUGAGGAGAGCCUGCGGUCCAGCUCCUCCACACUUGGCCGAAACAAUUCCUUCUCCAUCCAACAUCCCGGCCAGUUGCCUUGGCAACCGCGGAAACAGGCCCACAUGGAGAUUAUUAACCUAAUCCACGGCGUGGAUGGGACAUCGGUUUUGCGGUUCUCCUCCUUCCCAAGGCCAGACGGCACUUGGCUCUGCCUGCCAAUCCAUCACAAUUCCUCUGGGCAGCUUCCAGACAUCCUGGCAUCUCGGCCGAGUGUGUCAUCGUGGACGCAGUUCUCCAGGCUAGACGCCUUUCCGCCGGGUGCAUUGCUCCUAACAACUGCCUAGGGCUGUUUCCCUCAACUACAGUGGUUGCUCGGGUUGCGAACGCGAUCCGUGCGGGAAGCACGUUUGCAACCUGCAGCGUUGCAUCUGCGCACGCACGGGUUGCAAUUUGGCACUUCUGCGCAUGCGCAAAGUACAAUUUAGUGCUUCUGUGCAUGUGCAAGGGCCGAAAACCAGAAGUAGCCCAUUCCGGUACUUCCGGGUUCGGCGCAGUGCGCAACCCAAAAUCGUGCAACCCGAAGCGUCUGUAACCCGAGGUAUGACCAGAAAUGCAAAAGACAAAGGCAGACAUUAGCUUCGCUAGGCAGCUGGAAGCGUCUUGAGAGUGUUUCUGGUUGCCAGGAGGAACAGGUGGCGCCUUCACCUUUAACAGGUGUGCGGCCUUGUGGGAGCAUCCUUCUUGGAUACCGAAGGUCCCCACGUUCAGUCUCCAAUGGCAACUCCAGGCACAGCUGUAGGAAUGUUGUGGGUAGUAAAAAAGGUAAAGGGACCCCUGACCAUUAGGUCCAGUCGCGGACGACUCUGGGGUUGUGGCGCUCAUCUCGCUUUAUUGGCCGAGGGAGCCGGCGUACAGCUUCCAGGUCAUGUGGCCAGCAUGACCAAGCCGCUUCUGGCAAACUAGAGCAGCGCACAGAAACGCCGUUUACCUUCCCGCCGGAGUGGUGCCUCUUUAUCUACUUGCACUUCAACGUACUUUCGAACUGCUAGGUGGGCAGGAGCAGGGACCGAGCAACGGGAGCUCACCCCGUUGCGGGGAUUCAAACCACCAACCUUCUGAUCAAGUCCUAGGCUCUGUGGUUUAACCCACAGUGCCACCCGCGUCCCUGUUGUGGGUAGUAGGAGAGUAUAUAUUGAUGAAAUAUUAUCCUUCCUAACUCACGCUAGUGAGUCACACAUAUAUAGCACAACUCGUUCCACUUUACACAGCAAGAAACUAGUUCCAGAUUCGUUUGAAUCCCUUUAGUUAAGCAAUCCAAUCUGGCACCCCCAGAUUGGGGUAUAUUCCUGGUAAGACCCCUUAGAUUCCCUCCUAAAAGAAUAAAGACACAAGAGUCUUCCUUAUAAAGGGCCCCAUUACUUUCAGCAGCUUAGGGCCUCAUCAAACCUAAAUCCGGCCCUGAUUAACCUGUGUGCUAGACACUGCUAAUCCUCUGAAAUCAGCAUGUGUUAAAGGCUUAUUAACCUAGGCUGGCCUCCUGUGUGAAGUGAAAGCCUGGGGAUGGAGCAUUAGGAAGGACACAAAACAUCUGUGUGAGGUGGCAAAAUGUGUGGGGCCUUUCACUCUACAGAUAAAGCGAUGGGAGUUAGAAACCUGCGAAGGAGUCAUGUAUAAGGGAAUCAGGAAGGCAGAGCAUGGUGUCUGUCUGAAUCUAAGGCUGUGGGUAGGGCAGAAGCAAGAUUCUUUUGGAGUGCAGUGCUGUGAAUCCCUCCAUCGUAGGCCAAAGGCCCGUAUAGUAAAAUCUAUGGUUUUCCCAGGAGUGAUGUAUGGAAGUGAGAGCUGGACCAUAAAGAAGGCUGAUAGCCGAAGAAUUGAUGCUUUUGAAUUAUGGUGUUGGAGGAGACUCUUGAGAGUCCCAUGGACUGCAAGAAGAUCAAACUGAUCCAUUCUGAAGGAAAUCAGCCCUGAGUGUUCACUCGAAGGACAGAUCCUGAAGCUGAGGGUCCAAGACUUUGGCCACCUCCUGAGAAGAGAAGACUCCCUGGAAAAGACCCUGAUGUUGGGAAAGAUGGAGGGCACAAGGAGAAGGGGACGACAGAGGACGAGAUGGUUGGACAGUGUUCUCGAAGCUACCAGCAUGAGUUUGACCAAACUGCGGGAGGCAGUGGAAGACAGGAGUGCCUGGCAUGCUCUGGUCCAUGGGGUCACGAAGAGUCGGACACGACUAAACAACUAAACAACAAUUUGCAACUAAACCAUAUAUCCUAAAGACACCACAGUCCCCACUGUGCCUCAUUCCAAAAGGAAACAUUGACCCUGUUAAGCACUCCUGGGACCCCUGGGAUUUUGCACUGCUGUGAGAUUGGGGUGGUGUGCAACACUAUGUCCAUAAUUUUUUAAUUAUUAUUCUUUAUUUAUAUGUAAUUUUUAUUUAUUUUCCAUUUAAUAAUAUACAUUCACAUCAUUGCUAUCCACUUUACCUCCCUGCCUCUUUAGAGCCUAUCGACUUACUUCCUUCCCACCUCAUGGCUUUCAAAAUUAAUCUUUAUAUCAUUUUGUACGUUUUCCAAUUCCAAUUACAAAAUAGCUCAAAAUUUGAAUAAAUAUAGAAAGGUAGAAAACUUCUCAUUACAAGUCUUCAGAUAACCCUGCUACCGAUGUUAAUUGCUUACAAUAGUCUUUCAGAUAUUGUAUAAAUUUACUCUGGUCCUUUUGGAAUACUUGAUUGUGCUGGUUUCGGAUUUUUUCCUGUCAGCUUCACCAAUUCUUCAAGGUCCAUCAUCUUCAUCUGCCACUCUUUAAUUAAUUAUUAUUUUAAAAAUACUUUUAUAAGUUGUGCUUCUUUGCUUCUCAAUUUGACCCUUUUACAUGGUUUUGUAUGUUUUAUGGUAUUUUAUUCAUUGUGAUUUGCUAUUCCUUUCACUGAUUAUAGAUUGGUAAUUCUUUAUUGCGGUUGGACUGUUUAAUUAUUAUUUGCUGGUAUUUAAUUUUACUAUUUACUAUUUGAUUCUGAUGGAUUGUUGAAUGUUGCUUUGUUUGAUAUCAGUUGUUUAUUUUAAAGUUAUUGUGACUUUUAUAUUGGAUCAGAUUGUUACUAUUAAUGUUUGAUGUUUUAUUAUGUUUUUAUGUCUUGGAAGCCGCCCAGAGUGGCUUCGGUAACCCAGCCAGAUGGGUGGGGUAUAAACGAAAUAUUAUUUUAACUAAUACUUGCUUGGUUAUUUUACAUAUUUGGGGCACUCCCACCACAUGUGGAGGUAUGUGCCUGUGGAGGUGCACCCUCUCCAGCAUUUCGGUGAGAUUCCUGGGCGUAUUAGCGCUAGAUAGAUAGAUAGAUAGAUAGAUAAUUUAUUACGGUCGGAGAGCAGCUUAUAAAACACACUUGGGGGUACAAUCCCAGAAGGAAAACAAACAUUUAAAACAAAAUUUGACCUUUUCCUGUUAGGCAAAGAUCAUAAGACGACCCGGAUGGUCACCAGAUUCUGUGUACAGAUCUGUAGGCAUACAGCCGUAGACCAUACCCCGACCCAAACUAGUUCAUUAAGAAAAUCCCCAAACUCGGUUCCAUGGGUGACUCUGGGUCAUCUCUCUGCGGUAGCUUAUUAGCGCUAGUUUUCUUGGUGUUAGGUACCACCUGCAGGUGAGUUUCAGAGUGAGUUCUUUUCUUUUUGUUGAUAUGGAUUUAAAGGGGGGGUGGGGCUUAGACCACAUUCUGGUCCAUUGAGUGGGAUUAAUCUCAGAGCCUAUGUCGUCCUCCCAUAUUUUUUUUGAUUAUUAUAACUCAGCCAAACAUCAGAAGCAAAGCCCUUCCUGUCUCCUUUCCACUCCAGAUUUGACACUGCAACCUCUUGCGUUUUUCUCUCUCUGUUCCCCUCUCCAGUUGCAGAGGUCGGUGGUUGCCUCGGGAGAAAAGCAGCAGAAAGCGGACUACCGAAUAAGCAAAAGGUAAAGUCUCUUGCUAGCAACACACAGAAAUCUCAGGGAACAAAGGAGCUUGCAUCGCUUGAUGUACCAACGGAUGUGCAAGGAGCUGGCCCCCUCGUGAAAUUUAGGGGUGCCUCCAGGGACACCCCACACCGCAGGGUUGAGGUUGCUAGCCUUUUUGUCACGUUUGCAGGCUAGCUCAAUCAAUCAAUCAAUCAAUCAAUCAAUCAAUCAAAACAUUUUAUGCCCUAAAUUUCCUUCUACCUUAUGUUUUUGUUUAGCAAGAAUACAUAAACAAUACAGUCAUACCUCUUGUUACGUUUGCUUCAGGUUAAAUCUUUUCAGGUUGCGUCCCGCGGUGACCCGGAAGUACCAGAAAGGGUUACUUCCGGGUUUCGCCGCUCACGCAUGCACAGACGCUCAAAAUGACACCACACGCAUGCGCAGAAGCGGUGAAUCGCUCUGGAACAGAUCCCAUUUGCAACCAGAGGUACCACUGUACUUUUCAUGCAAUAUUAUUUGCAGAAUUUUAUUGCACUAUGAUCUUCCUGAGUGGGUCGUGCAAACUGCUCUUCUGAAUAACUCAUUUUAAUAGGGUCUUCUUCUUCUUCUUUGGCGUUCCCUCGUAGCCGAGUAAGAUUGUCUUAUUAAACACAGUCUUAACAAUGAGUCCGUAAGUGACUGUGGAGGCCACACAUCUGGAUCCAGACAUCCUUCCACAGUGGGGACAUUGGUUUCCAGGCGGGAGUUGUUCACGGUGUGGAUUUGCCAAGUGUGCCUUCCUCUUAGCACAUUUCUCCCUUGUGUCCUGAGUUCGAGUGUCUUCAAAGCCCAUGACACCUUUGGUAAGGGCUGUUCUCCAAUUGGAGCACUCGCAGGCCAGUGUUUCCCAGUUGUUGGUGUUUAUACUACAUUUUUAAAGAUUUGCCUUGAGACAGUCUUUGAGCCUCUUUUGUUGACCACCAGCAUUACGCUUUCCAUUUUUAAGUUCAGAAUAUAGUAGUUGCUUUGGCAGACGAUCAUCAGGCAUGCGCACAACAUGACCAGUCUAACGAAGUUGAUGUUGAAGAAUCAUUGCUUCGACAUGGAUGAUCUUUGCUUCUUCCAGUACACUGGCAUUAGUUUGCCAAGAUCCUUUUUUUCUAAAUGGAGAGGCUGGGGAGGGGACCAGACGUUCUGUUUGGUUAAGCUGCCACCUUCUGCAUGCCAACCAGGUGUUCUGCCACUGAGCAAAGGAAUCUGAGCAAGCAAUCUAGAGGUGAAUAGUUCAGGAUCAGGCCUCCCAUCUCCCUAGUACACUACAAUCCAGGUUUCUAUUCUUCUGCAAACUGCCAAAGGGCAGGAUUUAUAGCCAACAGCUGCGUUUAUCAUUCCAGGCUUCUUAGGCUGGGAAAAAAUGACUUCAUUGAGUCGUCUUGCAAUGCAGAGCUAGAUAUGGAAUUUCCACACAAAGGAUGACGGAGACAUAGGCUGCGGUCGCAGAGCAGCCUUGGCAAAUAUUUUCCGAGAUGAUCUCAGCGCUGGGUUUUGCAAUCUGGGUUUGAGAGACCCCCGCUGACCGCCAGAAUUCCAUUCUCUGCAGGGUGGGGGGCUUUGAAUUAUGGUUGGAUGAACGAGCGAUUAACUCUUCCCUCACCUCUGGCCCCGUUGGGAAAAACAGAAGGAUCUUGGCUUGAAACGGCAGCGGUAAAAUGAACAGAAUCGUAUGCCAGUGAAGAUAUUUUAAAUCGAUUAAUACUCUGGCCUCAUCUGCACUAUGCAUUUAAAAGCAGCGCUGUACCACUUUAAAUAGCCAUGCCAUGCCCCCCGCCCCAAGAAUCGUGAGAGCUGUAGUUUGUUUUGGGUUCUGAGCAGGCGCGCUGACUCCUAGGGGCCAAGGCAGUUUCGGGCCCCUCAAAGUAGUCUUGUGAGCCCCCCCCCCCCCUUGAACAGAAAAAUUGUACAUAUUUACCGUAUUUUUUGCACCAUAACACUCACUUUUUUCCUCCUAGAAAGUAAGGGGAAAUGUCUGUGCGUGUUAUGGAGGGAAUGCCUAUGGGUGGCAUGCCUACGGAUUUUCCUCCUCUAAAAACUAUGUGCGUGUUAUGGUUGGGUGCGUGUUAUAGAGCGAAAAAUACGGUACACGACUGCACUUCUGAGCUCAACUCUUUCCUGCUCACUGUGCCUUGUUUAGUGCUUGGCUGAAAGACACCUUGGAUCCAGCAAUCGUGGCUUUAGAUCGACGGGUCGCAGCCCUGACCGGCCUCAACACCCAGCCCCCUUACGCAGAAUACCUGCAGGUGGUAAACUACGGAUUAGGUGGGCACUACGAGCCCCAUUUUGACCACGCGACGGUGAGUCUGUUGCUGCAGAGUCCGGCAGGGCAUGAAAGCAGUUUGAUACAGUAGUUCAUUGGUUCUCAAACUUAAUCCAUUCCGGAAGUCCGUUCCAAAACCAAAGCGUUCCAAACCCAAGGCGCACUCUCCCAUAGAAAGUAAUGCAAAAGGGAUUAAUCCGUCCCAGACUUUUAAAAACAACCCCUAAAACAGCAAUUCAACGUGAAUUUUACUAUCUAACGUGACCGCUGAUCCAUAAAAUGAAAGCAAUAAUCAAUGUACUGUACUAUAAAGUAAAUAAGACAGUAUUGAAGAUGAUAAAAAUUAAAAUUAUGAUUUUUUUUUUACCUGCACUGAUGAUAGUCAUUGUUCAGAUGGGGGGCUUUUAUCCAUUUCCGCAGUCACACAAUCAAUUGAUCAGUAGGUUCCACACAGCCACAAAAACAAAUGAACCGAAAAAGCCUCAAAAACAAAAAUGAAAAAUAAAUAGCAAAAACGAAAGCGCCAAACUUAAUCCAUUCUGGAAGUCCAUUUGGCUUCCGAAAUGCUCAGAAACCAAGGCGCGACUUCUGAUUGAUGCAGGCGCCCCAGAAACAAUAGCCAACAGCCGCAUCAGAUGUUCGGCUUCCAAAAAACGUUUGAAAACCGGAACACUUUUUUCCGGGUUUUCAGAGUUUGGGAACCAAGGCGUUUGAGAAUCAAGGCAUUUGAGAACCAAGGUCCCACUGUAUUGUCUGAGAUGUAAACACUUGCAUUUUUCUUUGGAAGCAAUCCAAGUCUUUCUGUCUUUUUAAACUUCUCUUAUUUAUAAUUAUAAUUAUAAUUAUAAUUAUAAUUAUAAUUAAUUAUAUCUCCUGCUUCCCCUUGCCACAAGCACAGUCCUAAGCUCCACCUACACUUUAAAAUUUAAACCAGUGUGUGUGUGUGUGUGUGUGUGUAUUUAUAUAGUUUCUAUUAAAUGUAAAUUGUACAUAUACAUAUAUACUUGAUUUCUUUACAGCAUAGAUUCUUAACUGAAUACUCGUUUCCCCGUACAAAUCUUUUUCCACCCGUGACUUCCCACCAGUUUGACUGCAGAAGUUCUGCUCUUGUAGGACAACUUGUAGUUAUGCUCAGGUUUUGUGGUAGACAAUUCCAGUUCUGGAAGUACUAAAACUUGAUGAAUGCAACCACCUGGUGUUUCGUAAUCAAGGAAUUCUCUUUUUUCCCAAUGCAGUCAAGAAAAAGCCCCCUUUACAGGAUGAAAUCCGGAAACCGAAUUGCCACGUUGAUGGUCUAUGUGAGUCUUCUUCUCUUUGCUGGGAUCUGCAAAGGAUAUUGUGGUUUUGCCAGGGAACUCUGUAUAUGCUUCAAGAAGGAUAGGGCUGCUUUUGUUUUUUGUUUUGUCAUUCCAUGGCUAAAAUGGAAAGUGCCAAGCUUCAAACAGCUGGCCCAGUGUUUAUUUCCCAGCUAGAUUUCUGCAGUGUAUUUUCUAGGACAAGCGUGAUUUGGGAGAUGUUUUUGUGGGAGGGAAGAGUCACUGGGGCGAAGGGUGAUUUGGAGAAGGGAAAAGAGGGUGAAGCAGACCUCCCCUGAUAUUUCUAAAUGCUCAUCACACCAGUGAAAGCAGCUAAUAUAUUUAGUUUCUUUAAUGGCAAUGAGGAUCAGUUCUGCCCAUUUUGCAAAGUAGCGAGAGGUGAGGUUACAGGCAACCAGGCAGAGGGCCUUCUCGGUGGUGGUGCCCGCACUGUGGACGCCCUCCGAUCAGAUGUCAAGGAAAUAAACAACAAUCUGACUUUUAGAAGGCAUCUGAAGGCAGCCCUGUUUAGGGAAGCUUUUAAUGUUUAAUAGAUUAUUGUAUUUUAAUAUUCGGUUGGAAGCUGCCCAGAGUGGCUGGGGAAACCCAGCCAAAAGGGGUGGGGUAUAAAUAAAUUAUUAUUAUUAUUAUUGUUAUUAUUGUUGUUGUUGUUGUUGUUGUUGUUGUUUGCAUGGGGCUCCAACUCAUGACUCUGAGAUUGUCUCAUGUUAAUUGGAUUUUUUGUAUUGGGAAAUUAAUAAAAACAAAGUCUCAUGCUUUAUAUCCUAGCACUGCCAUGUGUCUGGCAACCCACGUCGGAAGUGUAGAUUUUGGUGAAUUUCCUUGAAAAUAGCUCCAAAACUUUCUUUUUCUAUGCAAAAAAUAAAAAUAAACUCAGCGUGGUUCUCCCUGUCCUCUUUUAAACUCCACAACAACCCUGUGAGGUAGUUAGGCUGAGAGAUAUAGAGAACUACAUACGCCACCUUGAGCCGAAGGAUAACGUUGUCCCAUUUCUUUUCCUGCUCAGCUGAGUUUGGUAGAAGCCGGAGGGUCCACAGCCUUCAUCUAUGCAAACCUCAGCAUUCCUGCUGUCAAGGUGAGUCUGUGUGUUGUGAACUGCAGAAAGAAGGGUUCUCUGGGGAGUGAAAAGAGGUAUCAAAGGUAACAAGAUCAAAAGAGACAGAGGAACAAGUCGUCAACUUCCUUGAACAUAUAAAAAAGAGGCAUCUGAGGCUCAAAUUUAUCAUCCUCUCACCCCUUUGGCAGCUGUGCCAACACACCCCUUUGUGUUCAGGGGGCUGUCUUUUUUCAGCAAAUGCUUUUUCAGGGAAACUGCCCCUCUGCGCAUGCUCAGAGGAACAGGAUUUGUGCAUUCAUCUGGGGCCUAGGUUAUUUCUCUGCACACAUGCCAUGAAGGUUCUUGUUCCCUGGGGACGCGGGUGGCGCUGUGGCCCAAACCACCAAGCCUCUUGGACUUGCCGAUCGGAAGGUCGGUGGUUCAAAUCCCCGCGACGGGGUGAGCUCCCGUUGCUCGGUCCCUGCUCCUGCCAACCUAGCAGUUCGAAAGCACACCAGUGCAAGUAGAUAAAUAGGUACCGCUCCGGCGGGAAGGUAAACAGCGUUUCCGUGCACUCUGGUUUCCAUCACUGUGUUCUGUUGCACCAGAAGUGGUUUAUGCUGGCCACAUGAAAGCUGUCUGUGGACAAACACCGCUUACCUUCCUGCCACAGCAGUACCUACAGUGAGGGGGGAAAGAAUUUGAUCCCCUGCUAAAUUUGCCCAUUUGCCCCCUGGCGAAUAAAUUACCAGUCCAUAAUUUUAAUGGUAGGUUUAUUGUAGCUGUGGGAGACAGAAUAACAACAGGAAAAACCCCAGAAACCCAGAAGACAAAAGUCAGAGAUUGAUGUGGAUUAUAAUGAGUGAAAUAAGUAUUUGAUCCCUUUGCAAAAGAUGACUUAGUACUUGGUGGCAAAACCCUUGUUGGCAAUUACAGAGGUCAGAGGUUUCUUGUAGGUGGGCUGAAAGCAAGAUCAUAGAAUCAUAGAAUCAUAGAGUUGGAAGAGACCACAAGGGCCAUCGAGUCCAACCCCCUGCCAAGCAGGAAACACCAUCAGAGCACUCCUGACAUAUGGUUGUCAAGCCUCUGCUUAAAGACCUCCAAAGAAGGAGACUCCACCACACUCCUUGGCAGCAAAUUCCACUGUCAAACAGCUCUUACUGUCAGGAAGUUCUUCCUAAUGUUUAGGUGGAAUCUUCUUUCUUGUAGUUUGGAUCCAUUGCUCCGUGUCCGCUUCUCUGGAGCAGCAAAAAACAACCUUUCUCCCUCCUCUAUGGGCAUCACAACCCCACAGUCACCUUUGACUGGACUUAACCGUCCAGGGGUCCUUUACCUUUACCUGUUUUCAGCACGUUUUUUCAGGGAAACUGACCCCUGUAAAUGCUCAAAGGAACGGGAUUUGUGCACUCAGCUGGGUGCCUGCCACGCUGCUCAGUCUGGAGCAUGGGUUAUUUCUCUGCAGACACGCCAUGAACAUUCUUAUUUUCUGGUCCCCUUUGCAGAACGCGGCUCUCUUUUGGUGGAACCUUCGCAGGAACGGGGACGGGGACGACGACACCCUCCACGCUGGCUGCCCGGUCCUUGCCGGAGACAAAUGGGGUAAGGGGCAGAGCUCAGGGUGCAGGAAGGAAGGAACUGACCGGCUAAUUUCAGCCGUCAAGUUCCUACGAGGGUAGGGGGCUCACACAAAAAAUGCCUUGCCGAGGAGCUCGGUCAAUUUCACUGCUGUGCCAUCAAAAGCUGGGAAGUGAAAUAGACAUGUUUAAUAAUAAUAAUAAUAAUAUUUUUUUAUUUAUACCCUGCCCUUCCUGGUUCAGAAAACCGGGCUCAGGGCGGUUAACAAGAAAUUUAAAACACUUAAUUGAUGCAACAAAAAACAGCAUAAAAUACAGUAUAAAACGCGAAUAACAAUAAAUUCAGAAUUUAAAAAUCAAUUUAGGGGGGAAAUCCAUCCAAUAAACAUUAGAUGAUCACCAGGGCUAGCUGGCUAAAUUUGUCCUAUAAAAUAAUAAACAAUAAAUUACUAUUAUAUAACAAUAAAUUAUAUAAAUUAGUUUUGCCUUCAAUUGUGGGGAGGGGUGCUUGAAAAGGGGCGAACGUCCUACCGUCCCAAAUGUGACUCCUGGGCAGCGUUAAGAUAAAUUCAAGAGUGUUAAUGGAACAAGGGUAACGUUUUUGUAAAAUAUACAGGGAUUGAUGAUAUGGCAAAUGAGCCAUGGAAAGAGAAGACGUCAUUGAGAUAUGAAGGAUGUAAAAAUGAGCCCUGUACUUUAAAUAGUAAAGCAGAAAAAUUAAUAAAAAUUAUAUAAAAAAUAAAAUAAGGUGUGACCCUGGUUGCCCUUUCUUCAAAAAGCCUGCCAGGAAAAGACCCAGGCAGGGGAAUUGCUUUUCUUUGCUUGUGUUUGCAUGGCACAGGGCAAUCGUUUCCAGUUUGCCGAUAUGUGGCAAGAAAAAGCGACGAAUAAAUGUAAUAAUAAUAAUAAUAAUAACAACUUUGGCUGGCUCAAAGAGCUGCAGCUGGACUGCUGACCGGGGGUGGUUAUGGCAAGCAGACGAUUCCCGUGAUAAAGCAGGUCUUUUCCCCAGGCACAAUUCAAAGGGCUGGUUAUAACUUAUAAAGCCCUAUAUGGGUGGCGCUGUGGGUUAAACCACAGAGCCUAGAACUUGCCGAUCAGAAGGUCGGCGGUUCGAAUCCCCGCAAGAGGGUGAGCUCGGUCCCUAACUCCUGCCAACCUAGCAGUUCGAAAGCACAUCAAAGUGCAAGUAGAUAAAUAGGUACUGCUCUGGCGGGAAGGUAAACGGCGUUUCCGUGCGCUGCUCUGGUUCGCCAGAAGCGGCUUAGUCCUGCUGGCCACAUGACCUGGAAGCUGUACGCCGGCUCCCUCGGCCAAUAAAGCGAGAUGAGCGCCGCAACCCCAGAGUCGGCCACGACUAGACCUAAUGGUCAGGGGUCCCUUUACCUAUAUGGCUUAGGUCCAGGUUAUCUGAAGGACUGUAUUUCCCCAUAAGAAGCUGCCCAAGUUUUGAGAACUUCAAUGAUGCCCUUCAGGGAAAACAGGGUCUUCUCGGCAGUGGCUUCUCCCAGGCAACUUUGGAACUCCCUGCCUGGAGAAGUCAGACUGGCUCUCUCCUUGCUGUCCUCCUGCUGGCAAGUGAAGACCAACAGGCUUCGGGGAACUGACUGUUUUGAAUGAAAACAGUCUGGUGGAUAUCAUAAAAAUGAUAAUAAUUUUAUUAUUUAUACCCCACCCAUGUGGCCGGGUUUCCCCAGCCACUCUGGGCGACUUCCAACAAAAUAUUAAAAAUACAAGAGAACAUCAAACUGUAAAAACUACCUUCAGAUGUCUUCUAAAAGUCAGAUAGUUGUUUAUUUCCUUGACAUCUGGUGGGAGGGCGUUCCACAGGGCGGGUGCCACCACCGAGAAGGCCCUCUGCCUGGUUCCCUGUAACCUCGCUUCUCGCAGGGAGGGAACUGCCAGAAGGCCCUCGGAGCUGGACCUCAGUGUCCAGGCAGAACAAUGGGGGUGGAGACGCUCUUAUCAUGCUGAUUUUAUUGUAAUGCUCUGUAUAUCUUAAGAGAUCUCAUCUAUAUAUCUAUAUCUAAUUGUUUUUCAAUUUAACUUGAAAACAUCAAGCUAGAAGUAAUAAUAAAAACAGUCAUAAGAGCAGGAAGAAUAAAAGUGCAAGAUAAUAGAAUGAUAAUCGUAAUAAUCAAAGAAUGCUUGAGAAAGAAUGAGUGGUGUAAAAUAUAUUCAACAGUGGAAUGAAUACAAGGUUCUUCUUUGUGCCAAACAUAUUGAAUAAUCAUGAAAGUUGCCAAAUGGACUCAUAUUUAAUUGUUUUUUAGUUACUGCUUUUUCCUCCCUGUGUUUUUAGCUGUUUCUGAUUUAACUGUAAGCUGCCUUGAGCAGUUCCUAUCAGGGGGGAAGGCAGGACAUUAUUAUUAUUAUUAUUAUUAUUAUUAUUAUUAUUAUUAAUCCCCACCUCUCUUUAAUAGUGGCCAACAAGUGGUUCCAUGAACAUGGACAGGAAUUUCGGAGGCCGUGUGGCACCAGCCCAGAAGACUAAAUUGUCCACGUGCUCUCAGCUGGGUUCGGCGAAUGCCAGGGGCUCAAGUGUGGGGAGGGGAUCUGGGCCCACUCCCUACCCCAACACAGCCUGGUCCGGAAAGACCACCUCGGAGUGAACCACGGCCAAACCACACCUUGGCAAAGGUUUUCUCAGGCAUCCGAGAAAGAAAGGACCUGUUGAUGGAGCACAUCGUUAAACUAUGGAACUACUUGCCACUGGGUGCAGUGAUUGGCCAACAACUGGAACGGCUUUAAGAGGAUGGGGCAAAUUCGUGGAGGAAAGGGCUGUCGGUGGCCUCUGGCCGCAAUGGAGCCGCAGUCGGAGGCGGUAGUGGUUCUGAAUCUCAGUUCCUGGAAGCCACAAGAGGGGAUAGUUGCUCUUGGGUUCGAAUCCUGCUCGUAGGUUCCCCAUGAGCCUUUGGCUGUGACCAUCUUGGCUGUGAGUCUUGGAAGACCUGCUCCCUGCCUUGCAGGUCUUUUCCCUGGGAGGGCAGGGCCUGGACUGACUCCAGCUGCAAAAGCUGAGGCUGAACAGACAGGGUAUGGUUUUUUGUUGCCGGUACAGUGGUACCUUGGUUCUCAAACGCCUUGGUACUCAAACAACUUGGAACUCAAACACUGCAAACCCGGAAAUAAGUGAACUUUUUCCAGAAGUCGAACAUGCUCCAUUUUGAGUGCCACACUUCCGUUUUGAAUGUUACACUGAGGUCUGACUGUUUUCGCUAUUUAUUUUUGUUUUUGCGGCUUUUUUGCUUUGUUUUUGUGACUGUGUGGAACCCAGUUGUUUUUUUCACUUUUGUUUUUUUAAAUUAUAAAUUUUAUUAGCAUUUUCCACACAACAACAAGAAAAAUAUCAAAAAAUAACAAUACACAAAACACAAAAACCAACAUUAAAAAAACCACAAAAAAAUCCAUAUCAGUUGUUACUGAUUGAUUGAUUGAUUGUGUGACUGCAGUACAUUGUUUAUUGCUUUCAUUUUAUGGAUCAAUGGUCUUCUUAGAUAGUAAAAUUCCUGUUAAAUUGCUGUUUUAGGGGUUGUUUUUAAAAGUCUGGAACGAAUUAAUCCCUUUUGCAUUACUUUCUAUGGGAAAGCACGCCUUGGUUUUGGAACGCUUUGGUUUUGAAACGGACUUCCGGAACGGAUUAAAUUUUUUGUACCUUUUUUCUUAGAUCUUGUUAUGAUUUAUGUGAAAAUAGUUCCAUUUGUUUUUGUAUUUUUGGAUGCCUUUUAUUUAUUGUUCCUGAUGACUUUUGCGACGUUUGUGAUGGCAUAAAUCUUAAAGUGUGGUAAGCUUCCCCAAGCGAGGUCUCAGCUCUGGGGAGAUGAAGUACAAAUAAAAUCAUGGCGGCAGUGAUCUGUUUGGCCACUGCGAGACUAGAUCCAGCAGCAUUUUUUAUAUUCUGCCCCUGUGGUUUGAUGGAGGUAGAAACUGUCCCUCAUGCCUUGUUAUGCUGCCGUUUCUACGGGGAUAUACACUAGGUAUUUAUUACCCCUCCUAUGCAAAAAUCUUCAAAUGAACCUGAACUUCAAUGUCUAAAAUCCCUGGUAGAGGACAAGGAUCCUGAGAUCACUUUAAGGGUAGCCAAAUUCUGUGUGAUUUUCAUAAAACUUAGGGAAGAAACUGUACUAUCAUAAUGAUUAAGGUUUUAAAUGAUAAUUUUAGGUUAUGUGUUAGUGACUAAGUUUUAAUUUAUAUAUUUGUUUAAAAAUAUAUAUUUGUUGCUAUAUCUGUAUUGAUGGGACGCGGGUGGUGCUGUGGGUUAAACCACAGAGCCUAAGGCUUGCCGAUCAGAAGGUCGGCAGUUCGAAUCCCUGUGACGGGGUGAGCUCCCGUUGCUCGGUCCCUGCUCCUGCCAACCUAGCACUUCGAAAGCAUGUCAAAGUGCAAGUAGAUAAAUAGGUACCGCUCCGGCGGGAAGGUAAACGGCGUUUCCAUGCGCUGCUCUGGCUCACCAGAAGCAGCUUAGUCAUGCUGGCCACAUGACCCGGAAGCUGUACGCCGGCUCCCUCGCCAAUAAAGCGAGAUGAGUGCCACAACCCCAAAGUCGGCCACGACUGGACCGAAUGGCCAGGGGUCCCUUUACCCUUUACCUUAUAUCUUUAUUGUUCCUGUUAUACCCAAUUGCAAAUUCAAAUGUAUCCCUAUCGUGUUUUAUUACUUCCUAUUCUCAUUUAAUCUGUGGACUGUCAGGUGUGGGACAGGGAAUGCAAAGGUCUACGGAGGUGGGAGCAACCAGACAAUCUAUAUAGACACACACCCCAGGCUUGCAACCCAGAGAUAUCACUCUGGUACUACUCGCCAGAGUGGUGCAUGCUCUGGUUAUCUCCAGCUUGGACUACUGCAAUGCACUCUACGUGGGGCUACCUUUGAAGGUGACCCAGAAACUGCAGCUAACCCAGAAUGCGGCAGCUAGACUGGUGACUGGGAGCGGCCGCCGAGACCACAUAACACAGGUCCUGGAAGACCUACACUGGCUCCCAGUACGUUUCUGGGCACAAUUCAAAGUGUUGGUGCUGACCUUGAAAGUCCU